GCGCCCGACUUAUCAUUUGUGUUGAUGAUGGUGGAGGGAUGAUGGCGUCCGCUGCAAAAGAAAACGUUGAAACGGAUGAAUCAGGUCAAUUCCUGCCAGCAACCCAAAGGCCUGAUGGAACAUGGAGAAAGCCAAGGAGAGUAAAACCUGGAUACAUACCCCAAGAAGAAGUUCCUUUGUAUGAGAGUAAAGGCAAGCAAUGGAUUAACAGCAAACCAAGACUUCCUCCAGGAGUCUACGAAGACCCAGUUCCUGCAAAGGUAGAAGAAUCUAAGGCACUCACCAAGGCUGCCAAGAAGAACGAGAAACGUCGCCAGAAACGGAAAGAGAAGCAGAACGAGGUGGGAGAAGUCCAAAAUGGUGAUGUGGAACAGCUAAGGAAGGGGGUCCAGGAGGUCAGUGUGGGUGGAGGCGCGGAUCCUGCGCCGGUCCUGCAAGAUCCUCAGAAGAGGAUUAAGAACCUUAAGAAGAAAAUCAGGCAGAUUGAGGAUUUGGAAGCCAAAAUUGCCAGCGGAGAAGUAGCACAACCUUCCAAAGAGCAGCUCGAAAAGAUUGCUAGAAAAGGAGAACUUGAAGAUGAACUGGACUUGCUGGAAGAUGGGUCAUGAUGAUGAAAAUCUUAGACUGAGAGUGAAAUUAAAUUUUGCAGAUAAAGAAAUGGAAGGAGCUUCUAUCUUCCUUGACCUACCCUAAAGAUAGAAAGCCUAGCUGUGGACAAAAAUGAAAUUGCAGAGACUGAGAGAAAACCUUGCCAUCGGUUGCUGAAAAAAAAUAUCUUGUUGGUCAAUCAAACAUGAUGAAAAAAUUUCACCAAGGACAACCCUUUUUAAAUGGUAAGAAGAUAUAUUUAUCUUAACUGCCAGCUGCAAAAUCCACAAUGAGUCAACAGGAAUAGUUCUCAGUCUAUAUUAAGCCAAAAUAUACUUCCUGUGUACAUGUAUGCUUUAUACAAUAUUUAGAAAAUUUAUUAGCUUAUCUAAAAAUGCAAUCUUCAACUACUUAACACGAAAGCCAUGAAAUUUAUAUCCAAAAAUUAGACAAAAGAACAGAUUUUGUACAGUAUGAACGUCUCAUGCUUUAAAUGAAACUUUUCCUUUCAGUUGUGGGUUUUUAGUGCUCAAGUAAAAUGAUAUUAGAUAUGAUAAAAGUACUGUGUGUAUCAAGGAGACAAGGUGGCAUAUGACACGUGCUCCACAUCAUUCAGGUUCUGCUCGGCAUGGUAAAUUAUAGGGGGCGCCAGGACGAAUUCACCCCAGAAAUGUCCUGAAGAGCCAGCCAUGGAAAUUCCCAUCUCCUUCAAUAUUUGAUCUAUGACCUUUCAACAUUUUUGGGGCUACAGAUCAAAUUUCAAGGUCACUGGAAUUGCUGCAUGUAAAUUUAAUUAUCUCUACGCUAUAUAAUGUUUCCAAUGAACUGGUGAUUUUAAGAGGUAUAACACUACAGGUUAAGUUGAUUUAGACAGAUAAAGACAACCAAAACACUGAAAAUGUCAUCAAAAUUAAACAAGGAAUAAUAAAGUUAUGAUAUUCUUAAACUUAGAGUUUUGCAUUAUUUCGGUGAUCAAAAGUUCUAUUCAUGUGUUCAUGAAUAUGUAAUGAGCAAGCUCAUGUCAUAUCUCCGAUUAUUUUUGUAUCUUAUUAUUAUAUGAAUUUAUAUUUUUCAAUUUUUUUCCUCCAAGAAUGAAAGAAAAAAUGUAUUGAAUACUCCCGUUUUGCUGGGUGAAUUUACUAUAUUUAUGUAGAUAUAAUUAUUUUCAUCCCAUUGUAUCCUUUAAGUUUUGAGUGCACUAGGUCGAGGAUCAACUCUUUUUUUCUUAUUCUGUUGUCAAAUCUUACCAUUUUUUAGAGAAUAAUCUGUAAUAAUUCAUAGUAAUGAUAGAAUUUAAUUUUGAGUUUUGAAGAAACAAUUUUCUAUUCUGCAUUUAUGUAUUCUUGACAUAGUUGUAAGUCAAGUAGCAGCUUAUGUAUGUCGAGUCUAACCAUAGAAAAUGUGGUGGUGUUGUGGAGGGAGUAGAAAUCUUCUAAAUCACUUGACUUGGAACAUAAUACAUUACCGUUACGUGUUUUUGAAAUUAAUGACUAGUGUCAUCUGGUAUUUGUAAUUGUCUUUUAUCAUGAACUAUAAAAAGGUAGCAACAAAAGCAAUAUAUUGUAAUACAACUUAACUCGGUGUAAGUUGAUCUCGUGCAAGUUGAAUAAUUGCCUUCAUCUUAAAGUCAAGGAAAGUUUUCAGUCCAGAUUAUGCAAAGCUUGUAUUGUUUCCCUUUUUGGAGUGAAAUUUUGCCUAAAUCAAAUAAAUUUCUGUUGUCCUAAAUCCUAAGAGACUCAACUUCCAAUGUCAGACACACCUGUACAUGUAUACCAUACUAAUUGUCCAGAACCCUAUCAUUAAGAGUUAUAUUGGAUUAAAAAAAUUGAUAUCAACUCUUUGACCGGGUGGUAGUUUGGCAAAUAUCUGUUAUUCUAUUUAUUGUAUAUUUUUGUGCAGUGUUUUUUCCCCCGACAUGUGAUGAAUUUAUAUGUGCCAAUGACCGUUUGAAGCGAUUCCGCAAAUCAAUUAUAAAAUAUGCAAAUGAAUUUUAUAGUGAGGUGUCUCCUAGAAGCAUUAUUAUCCUAUGCUCUUUAUGUCAAUGCAUGGUGACACUAUCCAUCAGAAUGCCCCCAUUACAUGGGACCCUUUACACAAAGCAAUAGACUGAGCAGUUGAUUUCUCUGCUUGAUGGCACACAACGAUCAAUGAAAUCAAUUGUAAAAAUCAGCCGUACGAUCAACUUUAUCAAACAAUAAACUUUGUGUUACAGGACCCAGGGGAUGUAACCCUAACGGUGAAGUGUGAAGUAGUCAUAUUGGAGAGUCAGUGACACGUGAAGUAUAAUGAAGUGAGCAUCCCAAUAUGGUGAUGCAUUAUAAUACCACAUGCAACCAGGGGGCCAUUUCAUAAAGCUGUUCGUAAGUUAAGAGUGACUUUAAGAACGACUGGUGAUCCUUUCUUGGGGUAAAUGAUUUCACCAUUUAAAUGUUCAUUGGUGAUUAUUUAGCGCGUAAGAAACGUUCACCUGUCGCUCUUAACCUACAAACAGCUUUAUGAAACAUUCCCGAGGAUUAAAGAGUGAUUAAUUGAUUUUAAUUAAGUCACAAUUUAAUUCUUUAGGGAAACAGCCCCAAAUUCAAUUAAUUGAAUAAUGUAUUGCAGUGUCUGUGAUGCACUAUGACAAUGGUUAUUUCUGUAAACCUUUUCUACAAUAAAAUGAACACUGUAAA